GCAAUUGCGCAAGUGUUGCGGCCACCCGUACCUGUUUGAAGGCCAAGAAGACCGGUCGCUGCCUCCGCUGGGCGACCACGUCGUGGACAACUGCGGCAAGAUGAUCCUUAUGGACAAACUGCUCAAGCGAUUGAAGGCCCGUGGGUCCCGCGUGCUCAUUUUCAGCCAAAUGACCCGCGUCUUGGACAUCAUGGAGGAUUUCUGUCGCAUGCGCGCUUACGGGUACUGCCGCAUCGACGGCAAUACAUCGUACGACGACCGCGAAUCGUCGAUUGAAGACUACAACGCUCCGAAUUCGUCCAAGUUUAUCUUUUUGCUCAGUACUCGCGCGGGGGGGCUUGGAAUCAACUUGUACACGGCAGACAUUGUAAUUCUGUACGAUUCCGACUGGAACCCCCAAGCCGACCUCCAAGCCCAGGAUCGAGCGCAUCGCAUUGGCCAGAAAAAGGAGGUGAAUGUGUACCGAUUUGUCACGGCGAACUCGGUCGAGGAGAAAAUCAUCGAGCGCGCGCAGCAAAAGCUCAAGCUGGACGCGAUGGUCGUGCAGCAAGGCCGACUCCAAGAGAAGCAAAAGAACUUGACCAAGAACGACAUGCUCGACAUGAUUCGGUUUGGCGCGGACGAAGUGUUUCGCGCAACCGACGACUCGAUGAUCACGGACGAAGACAUUGACGCGAUCUUGGCCAAAGGCGAAGCGCGGACUGAAGAAAUGAACUCGAAACUGCAAGCGCACGACAAGGGGGACCUGCUCAACUUUAAAUUGGACGGUGGGGGGUGCCAAGUGAUUGAUGGCGUGGAUUACUCCAAGGAAAAGGAGCGCAUGGAAGAAAUCAAGCGCCUGGCAGACUUGGAGUUUGCGCGCACACUGGCCGACGGCAUGGGCAAGCGCGAGCGGCGCACAGUCAUCAAAGCGGAUGAACCGUCGGCGUUCAAAAUCAAGUCCAAGAUGAAACAACUCCCCAAAGCCAUGCGACUGCCGCGCAUGGACGAAUGGCAGUUUUACAACCGACGUCGCAUGACGGAAAUCCACGACAUCGAAGUGUCGGCGUACGAACUGGCCAAAGCCAGCGGCGACGCGGUUGACUCGACGUCGAUGUAUUUGAGUCCUGCGCUGCAAGCUGAAAAGGAACAUUUGAUCCAAACGGCGUUUGGCGACUGGAACAAACCCCACUUUUUCCUGUUUGUAAAGCUCCUGGCCCGAUACGGUCGAUCGAAUCUUGCCGCGAUUGCGCGGGAAAUGGUCAAACCGUACGACGAAGUGGCGCGAUAUGCCGACACAUUUUUCACCCGCGGGUCGGAACUGACUGACUGGGACAAAAUCCGCAAGUCGAUUGAAAAGGGCGAGUCCAAGUUGCUUGAAAUCCAACGGCUGGCCGACCAAACGGCCCUGAAAAUCAAGCGUUAUGCCAACCCGUACGACGAUUUGGUGAUCAAUUACCAAGGCAAAGCAGGGUGGACAUAG